AAACGCACGUGGCGUUGGUCACGUCGCCGUAUCGACGUCAUACUAUUCAUAAUAAUAGUAUGAAUUAGUGCAUGUUAAGUGCAAGAGGUGCAUGUGAAUGGAAUAUACUUGUUGAACAUCGUCAAUGGCGGCUGAAGACAACGGAGAUACAUCGGACGAGAGCUUGGACGCGGAGAGCGAGAGAUUCGAUCCGUUGAAAGCGUUGUAUUCGUCCAAAGUGCAAUUGGCGGCCUCUGUGCCGAUCUAUGAUAACGUUUCGAAAUUCGAGUCAUUCCUCAAAGGCAUCGACACAUCGAAAAUUGAUAAAUCGGCCGUGCCGGGAUCCUCAAGGCAGAGAUUUGUAUCGUAUCAAGAACCAGUGUCUAGAAGACUUGGAGGAAAGAAUGUACUCUCGAAAAUGCAAAUGACCCUCGGGCCAUUAGGAAUGCUUCACGGAUGUAUGGAGAAUAAAAUCCGGAUUAGGGUCUACACCAGGAACGCGCACGGCAUAAGGGGACACGUGGAGGCAUACGUGGCCGCCUUCGACAAGUACUGGAACCUCGCGCUCGAGGACUGUUUCGAGGUCUGGUCCCGCAAAGUCAAGAGGAAAGCGCCCGCUCUCGGUGCUGAUGCAGUCAAGGUAGAGCCAACAGAAAACGACAUCCCUAGGGUGGUAAUGAAGAAGAUCAAGGGAAAGAUGGAGACCUUGGAGAGACACGUGCCGCAAAUGUUACUGAGGGGAGAACAAGUCGCCAUAAUCGUCAAAAUCAAUUGAUUAUGCGCUAUCGCCUUAAGGGCUGUCCGCAAACAUAAUACUACUUACGUAGCUAAUUUUAUACAAUGUUAUUUGUUAUUUAUUUCUUUCUGUAUAACGAUGAUAUUUUAUAUAUUGUACGAUAAAUAUCCUGUAAUAUCUGUUUUUUAUAAUGUCCAUAUUCGUAUAAAAGUCUUCCAGAUUGAACUUGGAUUUUCUCGAAGUAUCUCUCGAAUAUAUUAAUACAAAGUAUCUCGGAAUAUAUUAAUCGAAUAAUGAAAUUCAGUGUCACACUUCCGUUUAAUACCCACGCUCAAAAAUAUCUACCUACUUUUACGAUUGUACAAUAUAACAUUGUGUCGUGGUCUACAUAACAGAAAUAAGCGCGCGUUUAUUUCUCACUCGCUUUCAAUAAUAUAUUUGUAUAAUAAAUAUUUUGAUCGAAAAGAUCCUGUGUUAAGUGACA